AUGUCUAUCGACGAUAUCGAGCCUGACUCUAAAGGCGCUGGCGAGCUUGGUGAUUCAGACUCCGAGGAUGAGGCAUUGAAGUCUUCCGGGCCCCAUACGUCCUCGACGAAACGCCGAGCCCAGAAUGCUCUUUUUAGCUCCUGGGUAGUCCAGAAAGCCGAGUCAGUUAGCAAAGAAAAGAUCAAGGAGGCCAUCAAAUCGGCUGACGAUGAGACCUUGUCCAUCACCAAUCUCCUCGCAAAACAGGAAUCGAAACAGAUCAUUACUGACCCUAGGGAGUACCAGCUUGAACUUUUCGAAAAAGCCAAGCUUGAGAACAUCAUUGCCGUGUUGGACACUGGAUCUGGGAAGACAUUGAUCGCCGACAGGGCAGCCGGCAAGCCGCGUCGCAUCUCCUUUUUUCUGGCAAGUCGACUGUUCUCGAGAGUCUUCCAACAAGCUGCGGUCCUUGAGUGCAAUCUUGAUCACAAGAUUGAGCGGACCUGUGGUGCUAUGAAUGCUGAUCUCUGGACUGCAAAAAUAUGGGAGAAACAUCUGAGCGAGAACAUGGUCAUUGUCUGUACUGCAGAAGUACUUUAUCAAGGCCUCAUGCACUCUUUCGUCAGGCUUCAGGACAUCAAUCUGUUGGUCUUCGACGAAGCACAUCAUGCGAAAAAGAGUCAUGCUUAUGCCAGGAUCAUCAACGAGUUUUACCUGACUCAUCUCGAAAAAUCGAAGCGACCAAAAAUAUUUGGAAUGACUGCUUCUCCUGUUGAUGCCAAAGUCGAUGCCCGAACUGCGGCAAGGGAGCUCGAGAAAUUGCUGCACUGCAAGAUAGCAACAACUUCCGAUCUCAGCCUGCUGCAGAUAACUAUCAGCCGACCUUCGGAGGAAGUUGCGUUUUACCCUCGCCUGCAGCAGUCAUUUGAAACGCCCUUGAAUCAGAAACUCAUAGCGCGGUUCGGCGAUGUGGACGCAUUCCGAAGUAUAUUCUUCGACUCUAAAGAUGCCACUUCAGGCCUCGGUAGAUGGGCUGCCGACAUGGUCUGGUCAUUUGCUCUCAAGGGAGAUGAGCUCCGAAAACUGGAGGCGCAAAUCGAACGUGGUCACCACAAUCACAAACAUGUACAGCCGGUUGCGCAGCUCGAUGCAGCCAUUGCUCGUCUUCGUGAUGCUGCGCAGCUGAUCAACGACCACGAUUUUGGCUCCCCUACAGCUAGCCUUUGCGACGUCAGCGCGAAGGUCCUCAAGUUACAUGAGUGGCUCCAGUUGUAUUUUGAACGACCUUCGGAUGCUCGAUGCAUUGUUUUUGUUGAGAAGCGCCACCAUGCUCGUCUUCUCCAUCUGAUCUUCGAGAAUAUCGGCGGCCCUCACCUACGCACUGGCAUCCUUGUUGGCGUAGGCACGCGAGCGGGAGAUACUAACGUAUCAUUCCGGCAACAAGUUAUGACGCUUGUCAAAUUCCGCAAAGGCGAGCUCAACUGCCUCUUCGCCACGUCUGUCGCGGAAGAAGGCCUUGACAUCCCGGAUUGCAAUCUUGUUGUCCGCUUUGAUCUAUACCGGACCAUGAUCCAGUACAUACAAUCUCGAGGGCGGGCCCGCCACCGCAACUCGAAGUACCUACACAUGAUCGAAGACGGUAACUUCGCUCACCGAAGCACUGUGUUCGAAGCCCGAACUUCUGAGAACCUUAUGCGUCAAUUCUGUGAAGCGUUGCCCAGUGAUCGGCUCCUCCAAGGCAACGAUGCUGACUUCGAUGAUGCGCUGAUCGAGGGCAAAGGCUCUCGGUCCUGCACCAUCGCCAGCACAGGGGCAAAGCUGACCUACGGGUCGAGCCUGGCAGUCCUUGCUCACUUCGUAGCUGCACUACCUCGAGAGAGCGAGAUAGCUUCGGAGCCCUUCUACGCUAUGUCUUUCGAUGGAGGCAAAUUCGUGUGCGAGGUGAUAUUGCCAGAGAACUCACCUAUCCGCUCAGCCAUUGGCCGCCCAUCCAGUAGGAAGUCCAUUGCGAAGCGUUCAGCUGCCUUUGAAGCGUGCUGUCUCCUUAUGAAGGGCAAGUACCUAGACAACCACUGGUUGCCCAUCUACACGAAGAAGCUACCGGCCAUGCGGAAUGCGUUGCUAGCGCUCAACUGCAAAAAGACGAACCAGUACGAGAUGCGUGUGAAGCCUACUCUGUGGGAAUGCACCAGGGGCUCGAUCCCGAAGGAGCUGUUUUUGACGAUACUGGACUUUACCAACGGCCUGGAAAGGCCGCAUCAACCGCUAGCACUAAUCACUCGCUCAGCGCUACCGCCGCUCCCAACUUUCCCGCUGUUCUUGAACUCUGGCGAGACCACGAUGGUCAUCUCGAAACCGGUCGCUGCAAGCUUGAGUAUCACUGAAGAGAUUUUGGAUCUCUUGACGGCUUUCACUCUGCGUGUGUAUAAAGAUAUCUUCAACAAGACUUAUGAACAAGACAUGAGGAAGUUCGACUACUGGCUCGCCCCUGUGAUAACGCCAUGUCCUGUUGGCGAUCUGAUAGAGAUCGACGGCACUGAUGCAUCAACGGAUUAUGUAUCUCCAUUUGGGCUCGUUGAUUGGGAAGCCCUGCGAACAGUCUUCCUGAACGAUGAGUUCAAGUGGACGCCCACCAUGCCUCACUCCUUCCUCGCCGACAAGUUCUUUGUCGACAAGUGGGACGGAGGCAACCGGUUCUUCUCCAUAGGCGUAGAUCCUAGUCGUAAGCCCUUCGACCCUGUGCCGCAGAACACAGCCAAGGGCAGGUUCAACAAGAACAUCCUGGAUUACUCUGUCAGUCUUUACAAGAAAGCGAGGGCAGAAGCGCAAUGGAACCUUGAGCAGCCGGUCGUCGAAGCGGAAAAGAUAUUGCAUCGGCGCAAUGUGUUGGCUGAGCCCCACGCCAAAGAGCUCACAUUGCGGACUAAAUGCUACGUUUGCCCGGAACCGUUACGCAUCUCUGCGCUGCCAGCUCCUGCCGUAGCGACAUGCCUUGUUUUUCCGGCCAUCGUCUAUCGUCUCGAAUCAUACCUUAUCGCUCUCGAGGCCUGUGAGGUCGUUGGCAUCAGGGUCAAUCCCGAGCUUGCUUUGGAAGCUGUGACCAAAGAUUCAGACAAUAGCGAGGAGCAUCAAGACGAGAAGAUCAACUUCCGCCACGGUAUGGGCAAGAAUUAUGAGCGGCUCGAGUUCAUGGGCGACUGUUUUUUGAAGACGGCGACGACCAUAUCGACAUUUAGCCAAUAUCCGGAAAGCAACGAGUUCGACUUCCACGUUACUCGAAUGUUGAUGCUCUGCAACAAAACCCUGUUCAACACGGCAACAGUCAAGCUCAAGCUGCAUGAGUAUAUACGCAGCAUGGCAUUCUCAAGGCGUACGUGGUACCCACAGGGCCUAAGACUUCUCGAAGGCAAAGGCGCGAAGAGCACCGGGGAAGAAGUCAUCAAGCAUGCUCUAGGCGACAAGACGAUUGCCGACGUCUGUGAGGCGCUCAUCGGAGCGGCGUUCAUCGAACACAACGACCCUUCCGGCUGGAAAGCAGAAAACUGGACCGACGCCAUCAAAGCCGUGACAAUACUCGUCAACAGCGCCGACCACACGAUGCAAGAGUGGUCCGACUACCUAAAAGCCUACGCAAUACCCACCUACCAAACCGGCGCCGUGACCGCCUCGCACCGCGACAUGGCCGCCAAAGUCGCCCUCGAGCACCCGUACCACUUCAAGUACCCCCGGCUCCUCCGCUCCGCCUUCAUCCACCCCUCCCUCCCCUUCGCAUACGAAAAACUCCCCUCGUACCAACGUCUCGAGUUCCUAGGCGACUCCCUCCUCGACAUGGCAGCGAUCUCGCACCUCUUCUACCGCUUCCCAGACAAGGACCCCCAGUGGCUCACCGAGCACAAAAUGGCCAUGGUCUCGAACAAGUUCCUCGGCGCCGUGUGCGUGAAAAUCGGGUUCCAUCGGCACCUGCGGUAUAACCACGCGCAGCUGGAACACCAGAUCAGGGAGUACGUGACCGAGCUGCAGGAGGCGGAGCGAGAGGCCCAGGGGGCACGGGACUACUGGACCAGCGUCAAGGCGCCGCCGAAGUGCCUCCCGGAUAUCGUGGAGGCGUUUGUCGGGGCGCUGUUUGUGGAUUCCGGGUUCGAUUAUGGAGAGGUGCAGCGGUUCUUUGAUAUGCACAUCAAAUGGUAUUUCGAGGACAUGGGCAUCUAUGACACCUUUGCUAACAACCACCCCACGACGCAUCUGCACCACCUCCUGAGCAUCGAGAUGGCGUGUCGCGACUACAGGCUCCUGGCGCAGGAGCUCCCGGUCGUGGGGACGGUGGGGGGGAAGUGUAUUGCGGGACUCAUGAUCCAUGAUAAGGUUGUUGCGGAGGGUGUGGCGGCGAGUGGGAAGAAUGCCAAGGUUAAGGCGAGCGUGAAUGCGUUGGAGCUUAUCAAAGGGCUCGCGCCGUUUGAGUAUAGGGCUAGGUUUGGGUGCGACUGUAGGCCUGAGGAGCCGGUUGAUGAGGCGGCGGUUGGGGAUGCGAUCUAG